UGUGAAUGUGAAAAAUUGAUUAAAUUGAUUCGUGAGUGUCUCUUUAGUGAGGUGUAAUGAUAUUUUUGCCUGGAACCUACAUAUUUCUGCGAAAAUUUCGAUUUACUUCAUUGUUUGCUUUCUUUUGCAAAAUACAGCUGAAUUGAAUGAUACUCUCUGGGAAACGAUGACACCAAAAAAGUGUUUGAAAAGAUUGGCUUAUCCUCAGAAACAGAUUGGCGAUGCAAUUAAUGCUGUUAAAAAAGGUAUGUCAGUCCUAAGAGCUGCACGUGAAUAUGGAAUUCCCCGAUCAACUCUGCAGUAUAAGGUGUCUGGCAAAGGAAAACUAAACACACUGGGAAGAGGAGGAUUUCACAGUGCUCUAGGCAAUGAUAUUGAGCAAAAACUGGUCGAGUGGAUUGUGCAAUGCGCAAAUUUUGGGUUUCCUAUUAGUAAGGAGACUCUGUAUUCUGGGGUGGAAACUCUUUUGAAAGAAGCAGACAUACAGGUAAAAUAUUUCAAAGACAAUCGUCCAUCGCCUAAAUGGAUCUACGCAUUUUUAAAACGCCAUCCAGAGGUUCGUCAAAAGAAAGCCGAAUAUGUAAACAAGGCACGCGGAAGUGUCACGGAAGCCAAAAUCCGUGCUUGGUUUACGCAGAUUCAAACUGAAUUAGGAGAAAAUGUCCACAUCCUCCAGGAAUCACAAAGAGUAUUUAACAUGGACGAGAGCGGGUUUAAUCUUUCUCUACAGGGAGGGGUUGUAAUUGCUCCUUUGAAUCAUCACGCAUACAUUGAAUCUGAGCAUUCGGAUAAAGAGACCCAAACAACAUUGUUUGCUGUAAAUGCUGCUGGAGAUUUCGCACCACCUUUAACCGUGUUUAAAUACGAGAGAAUGCCCCAGCAAGCCGCCACCUGUGCACCUACUCCAGAUUGGGGUUUAGGCAAAACAGAGUCGGGAUGGAUGACCUCGGAGUGCUUUUAUGAGUAUAUUGCUAAUGUGUUUUUGCCGUGGGUGAAGAAGCAAUGUAUUCAACUUCCCGUUAUCGUUUUUCUGGAUGGUCACAAGUCCCAUCUAUCUUUGCCUUUGAGUAAGUUUUGCGCUGAAGCAGGCAUAAUAUUAGUUUCGAUCUACCCAAAUUCAACACAUAUUCUUCAGCCGUUGGACGUGGCGGUUUUUAAGCCUAUGAAGGCUAACUGGAGGCGAAUAAAGACAGCCUGGAGGGUUAAACAUGGACACGAAAUGAAUAAGUUUAAUGUACCAGCCGCCCUGCACAUGAUUAUCUCAGAUCAAAGAAUGAGAGGAAAUAUCAUAUCGGGAUUUCGUGCGUGCGGUAUUUUUCCAUUUAAUGCAGAUGAAGUUGACUACUCUAAAGUUAUUAAGAGGAAGGAAGAAGUGUUGCAAAAUGAUUGCAAAGAAACUGACCCGGAAGAAAGUGCGGACGCCGUCUUCCUGAGGAUGCUAGAGAAUAGAAUUGAUGUCUCCACGCUGCAUCAAUUCAAAAUGACUAGGAUGAAGAACACUCACUGGAAGGGAGAUGUUGAAUCGAAGAAUUUAUUUGAGUUUUGGAAUAAUGCAGUCUCUCUGGCUGAAGGAGCAACGCCAAUGACAGUAAAUCCUUUGCUGUUACCAGAUAAUGGCUGUUUCACUGAAGAUCCAGUGUUGAUUACAAGUGCUUCCUUGCUUUCGGUGGACAAUAAUUCUGCUUUUUCAUUGGAAGAUAGAAAUGAAGAAUAUGCUUCACUUAUCGAGGAAGAUGAUUGGUUUAUUUCUAACACAAAUAACCAGAAUGCACUGAUUACUAUUGAAUCAAUUCUUUCUGAGCCUACUCUCAGCACGUCCUCAAUCAGUGGAAAUGACGAUGAUAUUGUUGCCACUCAGGCCCCGAAAAUGAUGUCCGCUCAACUUCCAGUGUCUCCUUCCAGCACAUCCUCGAUCAGUGUAAAGGACGGUUGCUCCUUCAUUCCAAUCAAGAAGCGAAGGGUCUCAGAAAUUCUUCAAAGUGUUGUGAAAUGGCCAGAAAAAUCAAAAACAGAGAAACAGACAAGACAAAAGGAAGUCACUCCGUGUGCCGUUACUUCCAAAACAUGGAUCGAAAUUAAGGAGGCCAAACAAGCUGAAAAGGAGAGGACAGAGAAAGAAAAAGAGCUCCGAAAAAAAGAGCGUGAAGAGAAAAAGAGGAUACUUAAUGAGGAAAAAGCACAAAGAAAGAUUAUGAUGGAAAUAAAGAAGACUGAGAAAAUGAGGAAACAAGAAAAUGUUGGAAAGAAAAAGAAAAUUAAGAAAGAAAAUUGAUUAAAUAAACAAUAAAUUUAUUAUGAAUUUCAAAACAUGACUUUUUAAUAGUAUUAAACUGAUUUUUGUGGUCCUAAGAACUUGAAAACCAUAUAAAAAAAGUGCCAAAGAGGUCCAGAAUUUCAGUUGCCCAAUGGUACCGAAAUUGCCAAUAGGUACGGAAUUUGGUAAUGAUCUUGAAAAAUAUUUUUUAUUCUAAUUUUUAAAGCAUUUUGAGCAAAACAGUUGUACAGAUCGAUAGCCAAAUAAAUAAGCUAAUUACCUCAUUUUUUUAAAAACAAAAAAUUACAAAACAACAGAAAAUAUUAAUGAGCAAAGUCACAAAAGUUCUUAGGGUGCCAAUAGCUGUUC